AUAUGUAUUUUUCGACCGGAGUCGUUGAUAUGUACGCCAAAUUCGGGAAGAUGAGAUUUACAAGUAGCGUUUUUGAUGAAAUGCCUCAGCGAACUGAGUUAGAUGUAGUGAGUGAGAUCUUUGAUGAGAUGCCUGAAGCUAAGGACGUUGUGAUAUGCAACACGAUGAUGGAUGGAUUAUGUCAAAUCAGUCUCGGUGAAUGGUGUCACCAUUUUGUGAAGAGGAAAAGGCUCCAUAAGAAAGUGAAAGUGGGUACAGCGAUUCUUGAUAUGUACUCAAAAUGCGGAGAGAUAGAGCAGGAUCUU